ACCUGAACUCUGAGGCCCCGCGCGCACGUCCCCGCAUUUUUGCUGCAGAACGGUACGUCCUCGGCGCGUGACAAAGCAAGCGCCUGCCAGCUUACCCGUGGGCAAAGUGGUCAGCUACCCACAAUUCAUUGCGUGCACGGCAUCAAGAAUGACACAAGGAUCAUCAACCCCGUGACCCAGGUCAAAGACGAGCGAAGAAACGAAACAGGACAAGGUUUUGAUGAUUGAUGAUUGGUCGCUACGCUCGCCACAUCACCUGCCAGAAAGACGUCCGCAGAGGGUCUCGCUCGGACUGAGACUGUUGUGGUAAAACCCGACUUCUUCAUUCUAAAAACAAUGUGUGACCUGACAGUCGUCAACACGUAGAAGAAAAGUGCACGCUCGGCACAAUUUGACCUCUCACAUUUCAUUUUGAAGGACAGGUUGCAAUCCCCUGAACGCACCGCAUGGCGGCUGAGUGACAGAACCAGCGCUAGACUUCCACGAAACGCCGAGAGUGGACCCGUCUUUCCUGACUGGCUAAUGACUACCCACGCUGGAUGGUCGGCGGAGGAAAACACCUGAACAAAUGACGGCCUUCCUGUCAGGUCUCAAUCCCACCAGCUGGUCUUUGUAAGAAGCAUGAUGGCGGACCAGAACAUAGCGGCCAAGCUAAAGAACCUGCUGAAACAGGAGAAGAUCCAGUUAUGGAAGCCACCUUACACUGAUGACACUGAGCAGCCUGGACAGCAGCAACUCCAGGUGCUGGCCGAGCAAUACGCCCCCCUGCUGGGUCUGCCUGUGUCUGAGGUAGGGGGCGCUCUGGAGUCCAUCCGUCUCCAGGCGGUGAAGAGAGGAAAAAGAAACCAAACCUUCCGAGAAACCAACGUCGCUACGCUGGAGCUCCUCCUGCCUCGAGACUGCAAGAAGACGUCGGCGAGCGGCAAGUCCAAGAGCUUCUUGGAGACCAAGCUGGACGUGUCGGCCCAGGAGCUGAUGGACAGGAUCGCGGAGGAGUUUGACCUCAAGUCCUUCAAACUGAUCCUCAACGGCAAAACCUUGAAUGCGGCCCAGCAUCUGGACCAGCAGGACGUGAAGAACCACAGCAAGAUCAUGGUGCUGAAGGUGAGCGACGCCGAGUUCGUGCAGCAGGCCAGCGAGGAGGCCGACAAAGUCAAGAACCAGAACGAGAGCCUGGAGCGGACCCACCGAGGGUUCCAGAUCCUGUCGGAGAGAGACGGCACUGAUGACCUUGACACGACGCCCUUCCUGGAGGUGGCUGACCAGAAGGGGAACCCUCUCAAGAUUCCUCACAAGGAGAAGAAGGCACUGAUUGUGGCCAUGGGCUUCCAUGAGAAGGGGCGUGCCCUCAUGAAGAGGAAGUGUCAUGACGACGCUCUGUGUCAUCUACUGCAGGCAGACCAUCACUUCAGUCAGUGCGGCUCCACGCUGCUGGGCUCGGUGGACAACUACGGCGUCCUGCAACUGGACAUCGUGUGGUGCUACCAGGCCCUGGAGGCGCUGUCCUGCCUGGACGACGGGCGUGGGCGUCUGCUGCGCGCCGAGGACUGCUUCCUGCGAUGUUACGGCGAGCAGCAGCAGCGGCUGCUCAUGAUCAAGGGCAACACGGGCAGGGAGGAGGCGCUGUUUCUCCGCCUGUACCUCCUGCAGAGUCUGCUGUCCUUCAUCGAGGGCAACGACCUUCAAGCCCAGGAGCUGCUCACUAAAGUGGAGUCUCUGUACGGACGUUUGUGUCCUGACUCGGACAAAAUGACGGAGCUGAUGCUGCUCGGCUUCAGCGAGAGAGAAGCUCGACUCAGUCUGAGGGCGUGUCAGGGCGACGUGCACGAGGCCGCCAUGCUCAUCAGCAAUCAGAGACAGGAGCGCGAGGAGCUGAAGCACAGGGAGCGUCAGAAGAGGAAGAACAUGAUGGCGGGCAUCUCCGUCCUCACAGAGGCGGGGUACUCCAAGAAGGACGCGGCCAUGGCGCUGCAACAAGCCAACGGAAACGUGGACAAAGCCUUUGCAAUCCUGCUGGACGCCAGCCAGGCGCCUCCGGAGUCAAAAACCGACAGAGAAGAGACCGUCAGUCCAGAAUCGCUGGAGCAGUUGCUGUAUUUGGGCUUCGAGAGGACGGAGGCCGAGAUGGCGCUCGUGUUGACGGGCGGAGACGUCCAAUUAGCGACGCAGCUCCUGUUGGACAAUCAGGGCGUGGUCCCCGCCAGCGCCACGCCCCCUUCGGAGGAGGAGCCCAGCACGUCGUCCAGCUCGACAGACGACAGUGAGCUGGUCAACGAGGUCCUCGAGGACAUUUCCCGCCACGAGGACGACUACUUGGACCUGACUCUGGAGGAGGAGAGCCGGCUCAUCGCCACCAUCAAAAACUACCUGAGCUCACAGUCGGUCUCACGCGAAUCUUUGGGCACCUAACGAGUCGAUGGGGUGACGAUUCAAUUCAGAAUCGAUUCUGGAUUUAACACGAUUAUUUGGUAUAAUAAUUAUAAUGAAAACUAUUUCAAAACGGGUAUCGGGUUAAAAAAAAGCUCUUUCUGGUUGCAUGGAGAUGGCCUAAAACAUUUAUUUUUCUUUCAAAUGUUUUUUGAAAAAAUAACAUGUAUAUAUAUUUUUCUUUAUAUAUAUAUGUAUUUAUGAAGAAAUAUAAUUUUAUAAGAAUCAAUAAAUGUAUUCUUAUAAAAAAAAAUAUUGAUUCUUAUAAAUAUAUACGUAUAUUUUUUUUAAUUGAUUCUUCUAAGAAAUAUAUAUGUAUAUUGUCAACAAAGAAAUGUACGGUACAUACAUUUUUUUUAUAAGAAUCAAUUAUAAAAAUAUAUAUAUAUUUCUAAGAAAUACAAAUAUAUUUUUUAAAAGAAAAACUCAUUUGAAAAUGUUUAAGUUUUUUUUUAUUUAAAUUGAUUUUUGAAACUUAUGAAUCGAUUUUUCUCGUUCACCCUUACUGGUUGGUGAUUAUUGGUAAUUAAGUUUAUUGUGUGAAGUUUGUGCCGCAAACUGGGGGGUUCGCUACUUUUGUUUCCAUGGCAACGCCAAGCGGAUUGAUAAUAAAGGGCGACGAUGUCAUCUUUUGUGACAGGAAGUGACAUCUCACCAAGGACAA